GGUGUUUGCGCGUGCGUGCGCCGUCCCUGCUGUCACUGAUACAGAUGAACCUUGAGUCUUGUAAAAGAACCUUUCACACUACCCAGCGCUCUGUACAUGGAUUUCGCCAUUGAUCUAUCCGCCACAGCUGGGGUGAAGUCACCCUUCAAGCGUUUCGCUCUGGUACCGGGUGGUCGCGUGUAGUCGCGUGUGUGCGCGUGUGUGCGCGUGACCUCUCUCCACAAGCACGCGAACCCACCGAGGGCGCUACGUCACUGUGGUGGCUGCGUCGUGCCCACAACUGUGUUUUACUACUUGGCAACCACACCACAAGGAUGAACCGAUUCAUUUGAAUGAAGAACCAACUACACCGACAGUUUGUGUUAAUAUUUUAUAAGGCGUUUUCAGGAAGAAAAACACAAGAGCGGCACAGAUCAAAGGCCUCAGGUGUGGGCAGCUUACUGGUCACGUGGUGAAGUCACUUUGACGUGGGCUUGUGCUACAUAGGCGCGUGAGGACACGCACACGCAUGCCAACACCCUCGCAUGCAUGCAGGUUUAGGUUUCCCACUAGUGUCUGCAACAGCUGUUGGGGCACUUCCUGCUCCAGGACAAUCAGAUUUCGUGCAGAAGACUCCUUGAGGAGGAGUCAUUAUGGCCGGUCUGAUGGCUGCUAAUGUCACCGCUGGAAAUAACGGCAGCAUGGCCACUGGAGACAAGUGCCCAGAGGAGUCGGGUCCCUUCUCUUCCAUCAACAGACAUCUGGAAGCUUAUGCUAUGUGGUACUGGGGUAUUCACGGGUACCUGAGUGUGGUCAUAUGCGUGUUUGGCAUCACCACCAACGUCCUCAACAUCGUGAUCCUGACUCGCGGCGCCAUGAGGACGCCCAUCAACUGUAUCCUCACCGCCAUCGCCAUCUGCUGCCUCAUCACCAUGUCGUCCUACAUUCCCUUUGCUUUGCACUUCUACAUCAAGAGCACCCUGGUCCCCACCUCCACCAAGUACUCGUACGGGUGGACGGUGUACAUGGCUGUGCACAGCAACAUCAGCGUCACGACCCACGUGUCGUCCCUGUGGUUGGCCGUGUUCAUGGCCAUCAUGCGCUACGUCUACCUGCAGACCAAGAAGUGCUGCAACCUGCAGGCCACCUGCAUCAUCUCCGCCAUGAUCGGGGCCGGCGCCAGCCUCCUGAUGCUGCCCAACUACCUCAUGACCGGCGUCAGAGAGGUGCAGCUUGAGAACAUGACCCUCUACAAACUCAAUGAACCAGCCAUCGGCUCCACUAACCCAAGUCGUCUGGCUCUCACUGCUUUCUGGUUGUACGCCAUCGGCGGCAAGCUCAUCCCCUGCACGCUCAUCUCCGUCUUCAUCGGACUGCUGUUGAAGAAGCUGCACGAGAGCGCCGCGCGCCGGAAGCGGCUGUUCGCCUCGGCCAACAAGUCCAAAAAGAGUCAAUGCGGGAGGACCACCCGGCACCAGUGCACCACCACCAUGCUUCUUGUCAUCAUCGUCAUGUACAUCCUCACGGAGGUGCCGCAGACAUUCCUCAUCAUCAUGUCCGCGUUCUCCAAGCAGUUCUUCAUGAACGUCUACAUGCUGCUGGCCGACACGAUGGACAUGAUCGCCCUCAUCAACAACGCCAUGAACUUCGUGCUGUACUGCGCCAUGAGCCAGCAGUUCCGCGAGCACCUGGUGGUGCGCGUCUGCAACGGUCCGCCGCAAAGCACGCGCUUCGGCAAGAAGACCUACCAGAGCGUGGACCACAGCUGCAACAACACCCACACCCACGGGGACGGACUGUGCGCCACCACGGCCACCACAGAGAAGUCUAUUUCUCACGUCUAGGAUGGCGAUUGUCUCCUCAUUGGUCGGUAGUUGCUGGUGUUGUCAUCGUACUCAUGAUGGCUGACCACAGAGAAAGGACGGGUAGGAGGUGGAGAGAGAGACGGAGGAUGUUUGCCUUCGUUUGUGGCUUCGUGCAUACUGACCUUUGCUGACCUUUGUGUAGGCUGAUUUAAAAGAAAAUUCUUCAGUGUUGGAGCAUGGAGGACUUUAUAACACACUCUCCUCUUCCAGAUGACAAGAAGUACGUGAAUGUUGUUUAGUACAUAAGACUGAUAUUUGCACAGCUCACAUUUCCAAAAGGAUAAUUUCGCAGUCGCUCUGCUUUGAUGGAGUGAAGGCCUUUGAUGAUAGUCAACCAGGAGCUCAUCCGAGCUCACCAACUCUCUCUUUCUGUCAAUCUCAGUCUCUUUAUCGUGCAUUUCUCUACGAUCUCAUUCUGUGUUUCUAUUGUACAUCUUUUCAUCUGAUUAGUAUGAACAGGCAACUCUUACUCCACUUUCUUUUCGUCUGGCUCAUUGUGUUGCUGCGAACCAAUCCUCACAAAAUGUAUUCUCAUUUUUUAUUUCUCCCUUUGUCCCCUCCAACUUCCCUCUCCACCCACAUCAGCUUUCAACACACUUCUGCAAUCAUGUCUGAUGCACGGCGUUCUUCAGCUGAGUGUUUGGCAGCUUCAAGAACGAUUGCAGUUCCUCCAGGACCAUGUAUUUUAAGACAAUUGCAAUUACUACCAGAACAUAUAUUUUAAGAACGACCGGAAUUCGUGCUAGAACAUGUAUUUCAAGCAUUCCAAGAAAAGUAAAUAGGGUUAUAAAUCGUCCAAGUAAAGUGACGAGAGAAAAAAAAGUCAAAACACUUUUUUCUCGUCUUCCGAACAGGUGUUCUUCUACAGAUUGCGAGAGAUUUUCGCCAACCCGGAUGAGGAGGAUAUCUUGCUGAAAGUAAUCGACCGUUGACGGCAGUGAAGCUUAUAAUAGAUUACAAACAUAAAACACAGGACGAGCCGUGGAUGCUGUGGUGGUUUUGUGUUGUCGCAUUUAACGGUGUUGGUUCUGAGAGGAUUAGGUCUAAUGAUGCUUGAAACUAUGUUUAUUGAAGGGACAGUUUGGAACAAUGCGCCUGACAUUAACGAGGAGAGAAACUCAGCGCGUGGAGAUUAAGCAUUCAGAAGGAACUUGAGGUAGAAGUUUAUUGAAAUUGUAAAUUCCGUGUACAUUUGUUUCCAGUCUGUGUCUAAAGGACUUUGCGCAGUAAAGCUUGUGUGGAGCGCAGUGCAAUGAGCUGGAAAUUCAUAUCGAGGCUGUAUUCCAUUUACAAGCCUGUCCAGAUGAUAACCUCUGCCCUACGUAAACACCAGAGUCCGGCUACGGUCGCUUAGCAACAGGGCAUCACAGAACUAUGGCCGCCAUGAUGGUUCCACGUGCUGCUAUUCGCUCAACAGAUGUGAUCCGGUUGAGUGCCUGCAAGGGGGUUCAAAGGGUUUGGGUUAUCAAAGAUCUCAUAGGUCUCAGUCCUGACUGCAAGAGCAAAUGUCCACACAUUGCUGAGUUCUGUGGACAACAUUGAGUGUCGUGUACAUCAGUGUACAGUUUACAACAGUGUAAAUAGUCUUCUGUCGUCGUCGUCGUCGUCGUCCCGACCUUUGCCAAGGGUUUGUCAAAGCUUAUCAAAGGUUGUCAAAACAUGCUUAUUUUUUGAACUAAACUCUUAUGUAAAUGUUCGUCAAAGCAGUUCAACUUGCUAUUUGCUGGUUGGUUUCUGUAUAAAGAUUGCAAAAAGUCAGCUUGGGUAGACGAGACGAACCCUGCUCAUGCCUUAAGAUGCUCGACCUCCAUAGAGUCCGGUGCGGAACCCAGCGAAGUUCGCUAGGAUUCUACGAUUUUCCCACAGUUAUAUUUUUUAGUUGUGCUUUUAGUCACAGAUCACCUUUACAGCUGUACAGCCCUUGAGAACAACUUGAGUUUGCUACUGAAAUAUUUAUUUCAUUUGAUGGCGGAAACUAGCCUAUAAAAAGUGUAGCAAAUUUCAUUUGAAGUCGGGAAAAAAAUCAGCGAAAAUUAGAGGCUUAUGCUGAGAGGAUGCAAUAAUGUACAUAUCAGAAAAUUAGAUCGUCAAUAAAACUCCACACUAACAUUACAGAAUGCAAGAUGUGUAAUCUUGCAAUAAUAAAACGAAGCUCAUUG